GGUACUUCUGCCUUGGUGCGCAGUGACUGAUGCUGAGAAAGGGGAAGAAAAAAAAAACAUUGCCAUUUUUAUUAUUAUUAUUAUUAUUUCGUGAUGAGCAUUUACCACAAUUCAAAUUGUGCAUUUUUAUGCAUGCACGAUAUAUGAUCCUUUCGAAUCAUUUUCGAGGCGUCUCAGAAUGCUGAUGGGAUUUUGACUGUUUUGCAGCAUCAAAUGCAUGGUUUUGUCGGCCCUCGGCGGUCAUCUGGUUGACUUCCAAACACCUUCAUCAAUCUGAGCAGCAGGAAGUCACCAUGCUGACCACUAUCACAGAAGGAAUACUUUGCUGCCUAACUGGAAAGGCCGCUCGUCUAGUUUUGCCAUUGGAGUCCACGGUGCCCUCCGAUGGUUUUGAGUUUGUGGAGGUGAAACCCGGACGAGUCCUGCGAGUGCGUCACAUCGUUCCCGAGCGUCAGCCUGUCGAAAGCGACGAUCACGUCGCGGCCCAGGAGCGGAAAGACGCUGAUCACGACGUGCCUAAAAAUGACACCGACACUGGCAGCGGUGUCCACUGCAAGAGGAAGAUCACGGUGUAUCGCAACGGCCAGCUGGUGAUUGAGAACCUUGGCGAUGUUUUGCACUCUGAGAUUCUUCAGUGUCAGGAUGGCGAUCUGGAGCCGUGCAGUACCGUCGAGGUGGAACUGGCUGACUACAAAGAAUUGGCCUCUUCUCCGGAUCCCAACCCCGUCCCCCCUCCUGUUCUUCCGCCUCCUGGUGAGCAAAAGCCCGCCCCGCCUCCUCGCCGCCGACGCCGGAAGCCCAAGCGCACCGUGCUGAUCGACUCCAAGAGGGUGAUCUCAAGCUGCAAAGGGACGCACUCGGAUGUGGCGCUGUUCUUUGUGCACGGUGUCGGAGGCUCGUUGGACAUAUGGAGCAGCCAACUGGACUUCUUCUCGAGGCUGGGCUAUGAGGUCAUCGCGCCGGACCUGGCGGGGCACGGAGCCAGCACGGCCCCGCAGAUUGCAGCGGCGUACACUUUUUACGCCCUGGCGGAGGACCUGCGCGCCAUCUUCAAGAGAUAUGCCCGGAAACGCAACAUUCUAAUUGGCCACUCUUAUGGAGUGUCGUUCUGCACAUUCCUGGCCCACGAAUAUCCUGACCUGGUCCACAAAGUGGUUAUGAUCAACGGAGGUGGUCCCACCGCCUUGGAGCCCAGCCUCUGUUCCAUCUUCCAACUGCCAUCGUGCGUCCUCCAUUGUCUCUCCCCAUGCUUGGCCUGGAGUUUCCUCAAAGCUGGAUUUGCCCAUCAGGGUGCCAAAGAGAAGCAGCUGUUGAAGCAGGGCAACGCCUUCAACGUGUCUCCAUUCGUACUGCGCGCCAUGAUGAGCGGCCAAUACUGGCCUGAGGGCGAUGAGGUCUACCAUGCUGAGCUCACAGUACCCAUCCUUCUGGUUCACGGCAUGUGUGACAAGUUUGUACCCAUGGAUGAAGACCAACGCAUGGCAGAGAUCCUCCUAUUUGCUUUCCUAAAAGUCAUCGAGGAAGGAAGUCACAUGGUGAUGAUGGAGUGUCCCGACACUGUCAACACCCUCCUUCACGAGUUCUUUCUAUGGGAGCCCGACGUGUCCAAAAAAGUCUGCAGCAAGACAGACAGCGAGAAGUGCGUCGCAUUCAGUGACGCUCUCCACACGCUGAGAAUCAGCAAGACCGCAGACAAAUAACCGACAAGGAUUCGGGGGCGGGGGGUUCUUGUCAAGGAAUUAGGCAGACGGCCCUUUUUUGUGGCUGUUGUCAAGAUGUUCUUCAGGCUGCUUCUGGGCUGAGAGCUGUUACAUAAAAAAGGCCACGUCUCAAGGAUGAGGGCGGCCGCUGGUGCUCGAAGAUAAAGAUGGAAUACUGGCACGCAGCCAAGCCAGAGAACAAUGGAUGGGCAUAAAAGACGAGAGGAACUGAUGCAAAUACAAAGUCGUGCGUUUUUAUUUCGUCCUAUUUUUAUGCGCACAACUGGAGGUCACGAAAAGGUGUGUGGUGUUUCUCGGAAAACAACGACAACGCGCAAAAGUCGGGAAACGUGUGGAUUUCCUUGCUUGCGUCUUUUAUAUUGUGUGAAACGCUGCAGAUGCGAAGAUUUACACGUUCAAAAUUGGUCCAGUGGAAAUCCUGGAUGGACGGUUGUGGGAUGCGAUAGAAAUUAUGCAAAGUUUCCUUAUAGUACGGACAUACCCAGACAUACUGUAUAUUCGAUCUCAUAUACUGCACAUUGUAUUCUAUUUUUGACGAAGGUUCAACGAGCUGUUGCUGUUUAAAUUGGUCUCAUUUCCACAGAUUGUCCACAAAUCGCUGUCGGACGGAAAUCAUUGUCUAAAUUUGGUCAGGUUCAUAUUUUUGCAGAAAUGGAUACCAUUGGUCAGCCCCACGUGGGUCUGCUAUUUUUACAAGUUAACAGGAAAAAUGAUGGUUUUGCGAGGAUUCCGCCCGGCAACCAAAAGACUGUGUGUCUAUAUGUUAUCGACCACAUAGUUGCAUGAA